GUAGUCUCCUCCCCCUGCUGGUUAUAUGACCCUCAGUCUACCAGUGCUGGACCAGAUGCGAGGGCCAGUCUGAAGAGCACAUCAUGAAGUUGGAUUUGCCUUUGUCUUCUUUGGCAUUGUUGGUCAUCUUUCUGUCUUCAGUAUGCUGUCAGCGGCCUGUGAACUGCAGAUGGGGACCUUAUGGAGAAUGGUCCGAGUGUGAUGGCUGCUCCAGUACAAAGGUGCAGACUCGCCAUGUGGAGGUGUACGCCCAGUUUGGGGGUGUGCCGUGUUCAGGGGAAGCCACUCGAACACAUCCAUGCGUCCCACACAGAGGAUGUCCCCUGGCAACAAGCUGUGGAGACAGAUUCCGUUGUACCUCUGGUCAGUGUAUCAGCCAGUCUCUGGUGUGUAACGGAGACCACGACUGUGAGGACAGCCUGGAUGAGAGAAGCUGUGAUCAAGAUGGUAGCCAGUACUCAUGUGACCUUGACAAAACACCCCCCAGCUCUGACUUCACAGGCAGAGGGUACAACGUGUUGACAGGCAAACUGAGGGCAGGCGUGAUCAACACUCUCAGCUUCGGAGGGCAGUGCAGGAAGGUGUUCAGUGGUGACCAUAAAGUCUCUUACAGACUGCCACAGAACAUCCUCAGGUACAGCUUUGAGGUGGAAGUAGACAAUGAGGAGAGCGAUGAGUCCUACGACAGCUUCUGGUCCUACGAGCAGCACAUCCAGUCCAAUGCCUUGGUGGGACACGACCGCCGCACGUUCCACAAAGAGCUCCGUGACAAUAAGGCUUACAGAUUUAUAAUCAUGAAGAAUAUAGUGAAGCUGGCCCAGUUCCAAAACUCUGCCCCUCAGUAUUUGACGCUGGCUGAAGGCUUUUGGAAGGCCUUGUCCUUGCUGCCCAACACGUACGACUACUCUGCCUACCGCCGGCUGUUUGACACGUACGGCACACACUACCUCUCCGAGGGCUCACUUGGAGGCAAAUAUCAAGCCUUGUUGGAGUUGAACCGCCAGGCUCUCGAAUCGACCGAAACAACAAAUAUAGAUUACCAGAGGUGUUGGCGAAAGGUGAAACGUCGUUUUUUCCGGAAGAAAGUCAAGACCGUCUGUGAAAAACUGACAAAAGCUCUAUCAAACAACCACGGAAACAACGUGAACAAGACGUCCAUAAAGGUCAACGUGUUUGGAGGGGAUCCGACCUUUACAGGCGCUCUGAGUCUUCUGGAUCUGGAAAACCCAGAAGCUAACGGAGAGAUCUACGACAACUGGGCCUCCUCUGUCAAAGACUUCCCUGAAGUCAUAGACCAGAAGCUGCGUCCUCUGCAUGAGCUGGUGAAGGAGGUGCAGUGUGCGGGUUUGAAGAAGCUCCACCUGAAGAGAGCCACGGAGGAGUACCUGGCGACGGAGCAUCCCUGUCACUGCCGGCCCUGCCAUAGCAACGGCCAGCCUCUUCUAACGGGCUCAGAGUGCAGCUGCAUCUGCCGUCCAGGAACCUCUGGACCAGCCUGCGAAAUAGGAGCCGUGAUCGGAGAACAACCUGGGCUGAUCCAUGGCAGCUGGAGCUGCUGGUCCUCCUGGGGAUCCUGCUCUGGGGGUCAAAGGUCAAGGAUCAGAAGCUGCAACAACCCCGCCCCCAGUAGAGGUGGCCACCAGUGCUCCGGACUGCGGCUGGAGCGGAAGCCGUGUGAGGAUGCAGACAUCCACUUCUUACAGAUGAUGGAGCCUCAGUGCUUCAAUAUCUCUGUAACUCCACCGAUGACAUGUGGAGCGCCUCCAAACCUCAGGAACGGAUUCAUCCAGAAUCCCAAAGACUUUUACCUGGUUGGAAACACGGUGGAGUACUCCUGCAUACCAGACCAUUACCUCAGUGGAGACGCUGUGGCUCAAUGCACUGAAGACCAGAAGUGGAGGACAGGCCCGUUGGUUUGUAAAAAUUCCACAUGUGGGAUUACUUCACUCAACAGCCAAGUUAUAGCCACGCCCACGCAAGCAGCCUAUCAGAUUGGAGACAGAGUGUCCCUCUCCUGUCCUGUGGGGUCAGUGCUGGAUGCUGAGGUGUCAGAGAUCGUGUGCAGUCCCAGUCUGCAGUGGUCUCCUUCCCCGGCCAGCGCUCAUUGUAAAGCCGCACCCUCUGCUCCUUCUCCAUCUGGCCUGAAGUGUAAGUUGUGGGAGAACGUCGGAAGAACUGAGUGUGUGUGUAAAAUGCCAUCUCAGUGCCUGCCUUCUCUGCAGUUGUGUGCCAGACUGGGCUCAAGCCGAGCCCGUUUGCUUAGCGUUUGUCAGCUUGGUGCUCUGCAGUGUUUGGGGCGGAGCUUCGAGUUGGCCAGUGACUGUGAUUGGCCAGAGGAGACGCCCACGUCCUGCGCGAACUGCCAACCGGGGACAAUCUGUCAGAAAUCGAAGUGUGUUUGUCAAAACGCCUCAGAGUGCCCUCUUGACUCCGCCCCCCUGUGUGUGAACUCUGGCGUUGGCAGCGUUGCCAUGGCGAUGACCGAAUGUGAGGUGGGGGCCAGACGGUGUGCCGGGGAGAAGGUCAAUGUUUUCAGUAUUGAGGCUUGUCCACAAUGAAGAUGGCCGUUCAUUUAUUGUUACGGAGCGGUCUCACACUGCGUUCUUUCUUUCUUGUUAGUAAAAUCUAAUCUUUUUUUCUCACACUUGAAUGAUGUAAAGAUGUUCCUCUGCCAUCUUGUGUUGUCUUUUUAUAUUUGUCAUGGAGGAGUGAUGAUAGAAAAGCUAUUCAUUGGGCUCAAGCAUAGCCAAAUAGCACUGAAGGUCGGGGCUGGACCAUCAAGAGACGGAGUUAAACUCACUGGUGGAUGUGUGAAUGCACCAUAAGCACCACCACGCACCAUUCAGUACAUUCAGUUUGGCAACAAUGUAUGAAGUAUGAAGAAAGCAUAAGGACAGCACAUUUCUUGAAGCUUUUUGAAAUUGCAUUUGAAACAGCUUCAUUUUACGAAAACAAAAGAAAUCCGUGCAUUGAGGACUCAGACUCAAUGAAAUUACUUGAUAAGAGGCAUAUUUUGUAAGUGUUUAUUUAUAGUAUUUUGUUUCCUGCAUUGUCUUUGGCCUCCAUUCAAUGAUCGCCAAGUAUUGGGUGUUUUUGAUGCUAUUUAAUCAAAUGUUAGUCUUUCACAUUUUAGAAUACAUUAGAUUAGAUUAGAGAUACUAUAAUCAUCCCAGGGGGGAAUUUAUUUGUAGCAGCAGCAGGCAUGUUUAAAAUAUAUGCAAUUCAAUAAAAUAAAAUAGCAGGGCAUAUUACAUUUAGGAAUUUAAAUAAUAUAGGAAAUGAAAAUGAAAAAAAAUAAAAAUGAAAACUGUAUACAGUGUAUCUACGUGUAUAUAAAGUAUAUAAAGUGAAGCGGUGCAAGUGUUAUUGAUGUUGUUCAAUUUGAGGAGGAUCAGUGGUGAUAUAUUGUACAGUCUUAUUGCAGUGAGCAGGAAUGUUCUCCUGUACCUGUCCUUGUGACAGCAGAGCUGAAGCAGUCUGUUGGAGUCAUUUGUUUAUUUGAGUCAUUAUAAAAUAAAUUUUUCAUUUAAUUUAGUCUGGUUCUCUGUAUCUCUUUGUCACAUCAAUAAAGAAUUCCUAGUAUGACUAAGGGAUGGAGAUAGU